GGUGGCGUGCUAGCCAACGUAGCCCAAACAUUGGAGCUCUGUAGACGCCUUCUGUGUUUUAAACUUCUUUCGUGUAGCUAGUUGCCCCAUUUAAGUUAACAUUUACGUUGUUAGUCAGGUAGCUAGCUGGCUUGCUAUGUUAGCUUAGCACCAGGCUACUCGUUAAUCGUAACUAGCAAUCUAGCUAACAUCCCCGACCAUGAGCUCACCAAGCUACUCUCCUCCUGCUAAAGAAGAGGAGGUCUGCUGGACGGAGAAAGAAGCUCUGGGGCUGAACAUUGUCGUAAAAGAAGAACAGGAGGAUGCUUUCGGAAUGAAAAAUGAGAAAGAUGCAGAGGAUGUUCCAGUGACAGAAGAGAAAGAACACUUUAGAGUGAAAGAGGAAGAGGGGAUAGAGGCUGUCACAGUGGAAGAGGAGGAGGUAGAAGCUUUCAGAAUGAAAAAGGAGGAAGAGGAGGCUAUAACAUUGAAAGAAGAAGAGGAGGGUGUUAUAGUGAAAGAAGAGAUACCCUCCUCUUCCUCUCCAGAAUAUUAUAUCUUAAGAAAAGAGGAGGAAGACGUUUUGGGAGAUGAAGAGGAGGAGGAGGAGGAGGAGGAGGAAGAAGAAGGAGAGGAAGAGGAGACUGAAGAUCUGAUUAACACCAGAGAGAAACCAGACUCUCACUCUGACAGCGGGAAGAGUCCUUCAGGGAAUCCAAAUCCAGAGAUUCCCAAACCAGCAACACAGCACAACUGCUCCCAGUGUGGAAUGAGUUUUAAGUGGUUAUGUACGCUCAAAGAGCAUGAGAAAACACACACAGGAGAAAAGCUCUUCCAAUGUUCCCAGUGUGGAAAGAGUUUUACACAUUUAGGAAGUAUGAAAAGGCAUGAAGGAAUACAUACAGGAGAAAAACCCUACCACUGCUCUCAGUGUGGAAAGAGUUUUACCCAGUUAGGGUAUCUGAAAAAACACGAGAGAAUACACACAGGAGAAAAACCUUUCCAAUGUUCCCAGUGUGGAAAGAGUUUUACACAUUCAGGAAGUCUGAAAAGGCAUGAAGGAAUACACACAGGAAUACACACAGGAAUACACACAGGAGAAAAAACCUACCACUGCUCUCAGUGUGGAAGGAGUUUUCCCCACUUAGCGAACCUGAACAAACAUAAGAGAAUACACUCUGGAGAGAAGCCUUACCUCUGUUCUCAUUGUGGAAAUCAAUUUAGGUGGUUAGGGGACCUGAAGGAGCACGAGAGGACACACACAGGGGAGAAACCUUACCAUUGCUCCUUGUGCGGAAAGGAUUUUACCAAGUUAGGGAACCUAAAUGAGCAUAAGAAGAAACACACAGGAGAAAAGCCUUACCAAUGCUCCCUGUGUGGAAAGACAUUUACCCAGUUAAGAGGCCUGAAAUAUCACGAGAGGUCACACACACAAAAAAAACCUACCACUGCUCUCUCAGUGUCAAAAGACAUUUACCCUGUUAGGGAACCUGAAAAAACAUGAGAGAAUACACACACUCAGGUGAGGAUAAGACCGUCCACUGCUCCCAGUGUGGAAACAGUAUAGGUCAGUUAGGGAACCUGAAAGAGCAUAAAAAACACAUACAGCAGAGAAACCUUAAGACUGCUCCAGUUGUGGAAAGACAUUUUCCCAGUCAGAGGACCUGAAAUCACAUGACAGAAUAGAGGCUGUGUUGUGAAAUGUGUGUUUUAUUUAUGCCACAUUAAAUCAUAUUGUUUAAAUGAAAUCAUAUAUUGAUGGAACACAAUUAUGAACCCUUAU